CGCAGCAAGGCACCGGAGCCGGCCGUGCGCCGGCCGCUGCUGCGCUGGCGGCGGACCGGCGCCUGCCCGCCCACCCCGGACCGGUGCCCGGCCGGGCCACGCCCACUGCUCGUCGUCUCGCUGGACGGAUUCCGGUACGACUACCUGCACUUCGGCGUGUCGCCCAUGCUGCAGGACAUGCUGGACUGCGGUGUGACGGCGCCCUACGUCCGCACCUCAUUUCCCAGCAAGACGUUCCCCAACCACUACAGCAUCGCCACGGGCAUGUAUCCGGAGUCGAACGGCAUCGUCGGCAACAGGAUGUACGACACGGCGCUGCCUGGCCGCCGCUUCAAGCUGGGCAAGCAAGAGAGCCUGCGGCCCGUCUGGUGGCGUGCCGAGCCGGUGUGGGAGACCGUGCGGAAGAUGGGCGGUGUGUCGGCGGUCUUCUUCUGGCCGGGCUCUGAGGUGCCCGGUCGUCUGCCGACGCAUUACAAGCGGUACGACAGCAAGGUGCCGUACGAGCAGCGCGUGACCCAGAUCAUCGACUGGCUGCUGCUGCCGGAGCCGAAGCGACCUCGCUACCUGUCGCUCUACUUCGAGGAGCCGGACAAGAGCGGUCAUAGCUAUGGCCCGAACUCGGAGCAGGUGAAGGCGGCGGUGGACCGCGUAGACGCCCAGCUGGCCAGUCUGUACAGUCAGCUGAUGGAGCACGACUUACUGGGCUGUGUGGACGUGACGGUGUCCUCAGACCACGGCAUGGCGACGGUCAGGGAGGACUGCGAAUCAGUCAUUCUGGAUGAUUAUGUGCCGGGACUUAGUAAGAACUCUACCUACGUUAACGGACCUGUCACCCGUGUCCGACCAGAUAACCAGUCGUCAGUUAACGACCUAGUAGAGCAGCUGGAUUGCGCGCACCCGGCGCUGCGCGUGCUCCACCGUGACGAGCUUCCGGAGCGCUGGCACUACCAGCAGAGCAGCCGCAUCGAGCCCAUCAUUGCCACCGUCGACCAGGGCUACGGCAUGUCGGUGCCCAGCUCCGACUUCUGCAUACGUGGGAUGCACGGCUACGACAACGACUUGGUGGACAUGAGGAGCUUCUUUGUCGCCCACGGACCGUCCUUCAAGCGCAACUUCACAGCUGAUCCUUUCGAAAACAUUCAGCUGUACAGCCUGUUUCAAACACUUCUCGGGCUGCCUGACAUUGAGAACAACGCAACCAAACACAGUCUGGACCACCUGCUGGUGUCGCCACCCUCUGACCGGACCCCGAUUGGACCUGCCCCGGUCGCGGCCUCGCCGCCGCUGGAGCAGACCCUGACCAACCCAUGCUGCACCGAGCUGGACAACUGCAGGUGUCAAGCCUUGGAGGAAUGGCUAGCGGGGACCAAGAAUGUGAGCGGCACGUUGCCACUGCCGGUAUCUGGGCGGGACGUUCUUCUGGAUGUAACUGUCGAUGGAUCCUUCGCAGCUGAGCCGUCGCCGAAGCCGUCGCGGUCGUACCGCUGGCUGCAGUACUACCUGGAGCGGGACAGCAACGGCAGCCUGACAAUGCCGCCGCUGCCGGCCGCCGACAGCCAGUGUCUGUUCCAGAGCAGCGGCCGGCCGGGACCCGUGCAAGGCUGCUCAGUUGACUCCGCAUACAGAAGCCUGGUCCACACGGGCGGCACCGACUCGUACCUGGGGCGACUGGCUGCCAGCAUGUACCCCAUGUACCCAGCGUACCAAGAGCGUGUGCUUCCCGAGCUGCUGCGCCGGCUGGAGACGUACUCGCGGCGGUACGGACUGGUGGCCGUGCUGGCCGGGCCCGUGUACCGCUCGGAGGCUCUCGACAGAUUCGGGCAGCCGAUUCCAUCCCACUUCUUCUACCAGCUGCGGAUGUGCGGGGGCCGCGGCUGCCGCCCGGAAGAGAUUGUCCACAAGCAGUGGAUCCUGCCGCACAAGGAGCGCUUCCGGCCGUGCGAGGCGGCGGGCAAGUACGUGAACUUCCACGAGGCGACGCUGCGGGAUGUGGAGCGCGUCUCUGGCCUGACGCUGUUCGCCGGUCAGCUGGCGUCGCAGCCGGACUCGGCCCACGGCAGCCACGCCCGCUUUAUCACCCAGCUGCCCGAGCUACGGCCGCCGCUGACCUGGUCAAAUUGAGCCGCGGCAGCCGCUGACCUGGUGCGACUGAGGCGCGGCCGCCGCUGAC